AUGCCGAAACCAACAGUGGACUAUUCCCUCUACCUCGUCACCGACUCCACCCCCGCCAUCCUCGGCGACCGUGACCUGUCCUCCGUCGUCGCGGCCGCCGUCCGGGGCGGCGUCACCGUCGUGCAGUACCGCGACAAGACGAGCGACACGGGCGAGCUCGUCGCCAACGCGAAUAAGCUGCACGGCAUCUGCCGCGCCGCCGGCGUGCCGCUGCUCAUCAACGAUCGUGUGGACGUCGCCCUCGCUGUUGGGUGUGAGGGCGUGCACAUCGGCCAGGAUGAUAUGGAACUCACCGCCGCGAGAAAGAUCCUUGGCCCCGACGCCAUCAUCGGGGUAACGGCCAGCACCGUUGACGAGGCCCUCAAGGCUUGCGAGGAUGGAGCAGAUUAUCUUGGCAUCGGCACCGUCUUUGCUACCUCGACCAAAGAAAACACAAAACACAUCAUCGGCACCGCGGGUCUCCGCACCAUCCUCACCCAGCUCUCCUGGGCAGGCCACCUCCCCCGCGUCAAGACCGUCUGCAUCGGCGGCAUCAAGCCCGACAACAUCCAGCGCGUCCUCUACCAGUCCGCCGUCACCUCAGCGUCCCCCGCAGCAGCCCUCGACGGCGUCGCCCUCGUCAGCGCCAUCGUCGCCGCCCCGGACCCGGAAAGCGAGUCCCGCCGCCUCCUCGAGCUCGUCAAGACCAGCGCGUCGUAUCAAACAACCCCCAAACCCUCCUCCUCCUCCAGCGAUGCCGCUCUCGGAGCCGUCGAGCCGCUCCUCGCCCUCGUACCCGACGUCAUCAAGUCCGUCGCGGAAACCUCCCCGCUCUCCCACAACAUGACCAACCUCGUCGUCCAAAACUUUGCCGCAAACGUCGCCCUCGCCGUCGGCGCCUCCCCCAUCAUGGCAAACUACGGCGAGGAAGCCCCCGACCUCGCCCGCCUGGGCGGCAGCCUCGUCAUCAACAUGGGCACCGUCACCCCCGACGGCAUCCAAAACUACCUCAAGGCCCUGGCGGCCUACAACGCCGCCCGCAGGCCCGUCGUCUUUGACCCCGUCGGCGCGGGCGCCACCUCGAUCCGCCGAAACGCCGUCAAGACGAUCCUGGCGGGCGGGUACCUGGACCUGAUCAAGGGCAACGAGGGCGAGAUCGCCACCGUCUACGGCGGGGGGGAGGUGCAGGAGCAGCAAAAGGGGGUCGACUCGUCGUCGACGCUGGGCCCCGCGCAAAAGGCCGCGCUGGUGCGAGACCUGGCGAGGCGGGAGAGGAACGUGGUGCUGAUGACGGGCAAGACGGAUUACGUCUCGGACGGGACCCGCACGUUUUCCGUGGACAACGGGCACGAGCUGCUGGGCCAGGUCACGGGGACCGGGUGCGUGCUGGGCACGACGGUGUCGGCUAUGCUGGCGGUGUCGGCGUCGGGGCACGAUAAGCUGCUCGCUGUCGUGGCGGGGUUGUUGCACUUUGAGAUUGCGGCCGAGUGGGCUGCUGUUCGCCCAGAUGUCCAGGGUCCUGGAACGUUUGUGCCGGCGUUUCUUGAUGAGCUUGCGAGGGUAAGGCGGUUGACGGUUGAGGGGGAUUUGAAGUGGUUGCAAGGGGCCAAAGUCAAGGCCGUGGACGUUGCGUAA